AUCACUGUACAAAGCUACACCAUUUUCAUUUUGUAUAUAUCCUUUUGCAUUUCUUUCAUUUCCCUCUUGUGUCUCUUCCCUUUUCUCUCUACAAAGAUUCCCAAUGGCGACUCUCCCCGUGGUAAGUUUUCCGAUCUUCACGGUGGUCAGGGUGGUCGGCGUCGCCGUCACCGUUCUUCUCCUCACAUGGGCCGUCCAUUUUCGGGGUGGCCUCGCUCUCGUCUCUGACAACAAAGAUCUCAUCUUUAACGUUCAUCCUGUGUUGAUGGUGAUUGGGCUUGUUCUAAUCAAUGGUGAAGGGAUGCUUGCAUACAAGACUCUAUCUGGAACUAAAAGCUUCAAAAAAUCAGUUCAUCUCACAUUACAAUUUGCUGCUCUCAUUUUGAGCUUGAUCGGUAUCUGGGCUGCUUGGAAGUUUCACAUUGACAAGGGCAUUGACAACUUCUACAGCCUCCAUUCAUGGUUAGGCCUUGCAUGCUUUUUCCUGUUCUUCAUCCAGUGGGCUGCGGGGUUUGCAACAUUUUGGUACCCUGGAGGGUCAAGAAAUAGAAGAGCAACUUUACUGCCAUGGCAUGUUUUCUUUGGUAUGUAUAUCUAUGCCUUGGCCAUAGCCACAACUGCUACUGGUAUUUUGGAAAAAGCUACAUUCCUUCAGGUGAACAAAAUCAUAUCACGCUAUUCCAAUGAAGCACUUCUGAUCAAUUCUUUAGGCAUUUUGAUAGUCAUUUUAGGUGGCUUUGUGAUUCUUGGACUUAUUACUCCAGUUUAUGGUAAAGCUGAUGUCAUACGGGGAAAUGAGUAACCAUAUUGUAAUAUAUGUAAUCCAAAAUUGAGGAACAUGGACAUGGAUAUUAUCAAACUCAUUGAACGUGUAUACAGGUUUAUUUCUCACUUUUAUUUA